UAGUACUCAAAACUAGUGUUUCCUGCUUCUAUUGCUGUGUUUGUAUGUUACUUUCUUGAAAUUAUUUCUGAAAACUUUCAGUUCCAAUGCAAUGUGGUGAACUUGAUGCAUUGUGUUGAUAUGCUUAAAACCGAUUUAUCCUAUUGUUAUGUUGUAGUUACUGUUCCUUUUUUCAGUAUGCCUUUGUGUAGUAUCUUGUCUUGAUUUUUUCAAUCCUAUUAUUGAGUGUCGAGGUGUAUCGGAAAUAAAUUAUCUACCUUCCAAGGUAGGGGCAAGAUCAAGACUUUUGAAGUUUUAGAAGCUUUGCAUCAUUUAACAUUUUAAGAAGGAACAAUGCCAAGAUCAAGGGGAUCAGAAAUGCCUCAAAGGCAAUCUCCUCGAGCCCCUUCGCAACUUAGAACAUCAAGCUCCGAGUCUGAUCCUAUACACCAUCGGCCAGUGACUGACCGGAGUCCUAAAUUAGGUGAUCGUCGCUCACCACGUGGUGCUCAAUCUGAUCCACUAAAUCAAAGGAAACUUGGAACUAGAAUUGCAGAUUUGGAAUCCCAACUUGGCCAAGCACAGGAUGAGCUCAAGUCCCUUAAAGGGCAGUUAGCUUCAGCUGAGGCUGCAAAAAAAGCAGCUCAAGAACAGCUUGAGAAGAAAACCAAGAAGCCAACUGUAGCUGAUUCUGACCAAAUCCAAGAAACCAACAAUGACAACAGAAUCAACCUGACUCAUGAAAUUCAUGAGGACGAUGAAAUGAAAGAAGCGGAUGUGUUUGAAGUUCCAGUUGAGAAGUUAACUCCUCCAAAUGUUGAAAUUAGCCACCCCUUUGCUGAAGAUGACUUGAAAAGUUCAAGUCUUUCACCUGAUGAAUCGGUGAAACCAUCGUUUGAAGAGCUGAACUUGAAGGAUGAAGAGAUAAGUUCAUUGAAAUCCAAGUUGGAGGAGAAAGAAAAAGAGCUUGAGGUUUUCAGCCAAGAAAAUGAAAACCUGAAAAAGGAGCUGAAUGAAAAGAUGCAAGAGAUAUCAUCCCUUAAGGCAAAGGAAGAUGAAACAAGCCUCAAGCUUAACCAAGUAGCCCAAGAGCUGGAAACAAGCAAGAAUGAUGGAGUUAACAUAAAGGAGAAACUUGAAGCCACUGAAAAGGCAAAAGAGGCAUUAGAAAAUGAAAUGAAGAAACUAAGAGUCCAAACAGAACAAUGGAGGAAAGCUGCAGAUGCUGCAGCAGCAAUAUUAUCAGGAGGAGGCAUUGAGAUGAAUGGGAGAAGGCUACCGGAGAGGUGUGGAUCAAUGGAUAAGCACUAUGGUAAUGUAUUUGAACCAGGUGUUGGCGGAUAUGGCGGUUACUUGGGUUCACCAGGGUUAGUUGAUGAUUCAGACGAUGUUUUUGGACAUGGCAAGAGAAAAGGUUCUGGUAUUAAGAUGUUUGGUGACCUCUGGAAGAAGAAGGGCCACAAAUAAGUAUCAUUUUGAUUGUCAUGUUUUGCCAGCUAAAUGGUCGCUCGCCAUUUUAUGUUUAUUGGCUAAUGUAUGGAUCUUGUUCUUGGCAUCUGGCCAAUACUACUACUAGUUAUGCUGAGUUUAAAUUUCUAUGUUAUCAGUAUCUUAUUAGCUUGAUAUGCCUUAA